CUCAAAUUGCUCUGUGCAUGAAUUUUCAAAACUAUUUUGUAUUGCCAGUGCUGGUCGCCUUUGCUUUUUUUUACCCUUUUCUCUUUUAAAUCCAUCUAUAGCUUCAUGGUUCGAGAACUAAGUAUAGGUUGGAAUGAUAUUAUAAAUGCGAUCAAAUAUCAUUAUUACUCGAUGAAUGAUAAUGAAAUCAAACAACGCUUCAAUUCUUUUCAGCAUUAUAAAGAGAUGUUUAAACCUGAUUCACCCAUUAUGGGCAUCGUUGUGAGCCUGGGAAGAUACGAUGUGGUUAUGUCUCAGAAUGUUUGUGUGCAGUUUCUUAAAUACACGGAAAUGACUAUGGCAGUAGGAUCUAUUCCACCUUUAGAGAGUUUAGUAACUCCCUUACCUUAUGAGAUAAUAGAAGACUACAAAAUAGAAAAUCCACAUACACUCAGAAAUACGUUGGAGAAAGCCAAAAAGAAGAAUAAGCAACAAGAAAGACUACGUGAGGCCAGAAAAGAAGCUGGGCUGGCCAGGAGCCUUGUAAAUAGUAACCAGUACAUCUUUUACAGUAUUGAUAUUGAAGCCUACGAAAAGGAUCACUCCAUCUUGCUUGAAAUCGGCUGGUCGACGUACGAUUCAAAACUUGAUCAGUUCCGUGAUCAGCAUUAUAUUAACGAUAAUUAUCGUCAUUUGAGGAAUGGAACAUUUGUUGAAGAUGAGAAGGAGAACUUUUCUUUUGGUACAUCAGUAUGGUGCUCGCUAAAAAAGGCGUUGGGUGAGCUGCGGAAAGAUCUUGAUUGGGCAGUAAAGCGCGAUGGGGGGUUUGUGCUCGUGGGUCAUGGCUUCGACACGGAUCUAAAAUACCUGCAGCAGCAAAAGUUCAUGUGGCCAACAAGUGAUGGUGGGCAGACCCUUAAUGUGACGGAAUCUGCCAACAUCACUAUAUUAAAUACAGAUAUUUUAUAUGCAGCAUCCAUUAACAACCUUCAUAAUCCGCCGUCUUUGGGGAGAACCUUGAAUUUAUUCAAUGUUGAUACUUGGCAUUUACAUAAUGCAGGCAAUGAUGCUCAUUACACAAUGCUUCUACUGCUAAUACUUGUGGGCCAUGAACUUUAGUCGUCCAGCAAAUUGUGAUGUAUGACAAGCCAUCGCCUGUUAUUCAACUCCCUUGCGUAGUUUCUAAGCACUAAUCCCAAGUUUACUUUUCAAGUUUUAGUGCUUAGAUUAAAUGCUUCCAACGACGAUAACAGUUUCAACAUUGUAUACCAAACAAGUGACAUAGUGCAAUUUAAGAGCUACAGACAGGCAUAUCAUUUUAAAGUAAUUGAAUCAUUUUGUAAAUAGUAUGUUUUUUUAUUCAUUAGUAAGAAACAAUGCGCUAGUUUGUUACAGUGUUGUUAUUAAUAA